UCUGUUUCCCCGUCGCAAUCGGCCCAAACUGGCCCAAUAUUCAGGCCCAACAGCCUAGCCCUUCCGGUCCGCAAAGACCCCGCAACCGGUCUCCACGUUGCCAAUGUCUCUAAGCGGACCCCACCCUUGCAGGUCCCACUCACAAUCGAUCUCAACGGUCGAUUCCUGUGGGCCAACUGCGAGGGCGGGUCCUACCUCUCCUCCACCUACAACGCGCCGCUCUGCCACUCGACCCAGUGCUCUCAAGCCGUCGGGCCCAACCACUACUGCCGCACGUGCUCUUCACGUGCCCGGCCCGGGUGCCACAACGGCACGUGCGGGGUCACGGUCACUAACCCGGUGACGGGCCGGUCUGCAAUCGGUGAGCUUGCCCAGGACUCUCUCUCGGUGCGAUCGGCCCAAGGGCCCAGACAAGGCCAAGGCCCGAUAGCUCGAGUUCGUCAAUUCCUCUUCGUCUGCGCUCCCUCUGCGCUGUUACAACCCGGGCUCCCCCGAAAAGCCCAAGGUGUGGUUGGGCUCGGCCACUCACAUGUGUCGCUCCCCAGCCAGCUGGCGUCACACUUCGGCUUCCAACAGAAAUUCGCCACGUGUCUACCGCGAGGCAACGGUAACGGCGCCGUCUUCUUCGGGGAAGGGCCGUACUUCUUCCCGCCGGGGAUCGACGUCACUCGCAAGCUGAUUUACACGCCUUUAACAAUAAGCCAAGACGGAGAGUACGCCAUAAACCUAAGCGGAAUCAAAAUCAACAACCACCCCGUCGGAACACCAGUGUCGCGAGCCAUAAUAACAACCACGAACCCUUACACCUUUCUCGACCACUCGCUCUUCGUUGCUUUGACGAACGUUUUCGCCAACCAACUCAAAAUCCCCCGAGUGCAGCCCGUGGCGCCAUUCGGGGCUUGUUUCGACGCCAAAGGAAUCGCGAGCACGAGAAUCGGGCCCGCGGUGCCACCGGUCGACCUGUCCCUACAUGACCAAAGCACGAGGUGGAGGAUUUUGGGGGCAAACUCGAUGAUCGAGGCUCGACCGGGGGUGAUGUGCUUGGCGUUCGUGGACGGAGGGGCGAGGCCUCACGGGAGUUCGAUGGUGAUAGGGGCGUACCAGCUGGAGGACAAUCUGGUCCAGUUUGAUCUGGUCAAGUCGAUGUUGGGAUUCAGCUCUUCGUUGCUGUUCCGCAGGACUAGUUGCUCCAACUUCAACUUCACCUCUAGUACUACUAGUCCGUGAAUGUAAUGUACAACAUGUU